GCGCGCUCACCCCGCCCCGCGGGGGGGAAGGCAGUCGGUGGCUGCCCCGGCGUUCCGCCCGGAGCUCGGCGCUGUUGGGCAGCGGAAGCAGCGGAGCGGCCGCGGCCCGAGGCGGGGGUUCGGGGGUUCCGUGAGGGGCGAGGACUCUCUGCGGACAUUCUCACGGUCGGCGGGCCAUGUCGGCGCUCCCGAGGAGCUACAACCCGUUCGCGGAGGACGAGGAGGAGGAGGAUGUGGCGCCGGCGGGUCCCGGCGGGGCGGGCGGCGCGGACCGGCAGCGGUACCUGCAGCAGGAGGUGCUGCGCCGCACCGCCGCCACCGCCGACAGCACCACCCGCUCCCUGUCGCUGCUCUACGAGUCCGAGCGCAUCGGCGUGGCUGCCUCCGAGGAGCUCGUCCGGCAGGGAGAGGCUCUGAAGCGCACGGAGCAGAUGGUGGAUAAAAUGGACCAGGACUUGAAAACAAGUCAAAGGCACAUCAACAGCAUCAAGAGUGUUUGGGGGGGCUUGGUAAACUACUUCAAAGCCAAACCACCAGAGAGCAAGCCAGAGCAGAAUGGAGCCCCUGAAUAUUAUGCUAACAGCAGGUUAAAAGAAGCAAUGAUGUCUAGUAAAGAACAAGAGUCAAAAUACCAGGAAAGCCAUCCAAAUUUAAGGAAGCUAGAUGAUUCAGACAAUGACUUCAACAAAGCAGAUGUAGUUUCUUCAGUGCAAAGGGAUGCCUACCCAAAGAACCAGCAACUGCGAGCUUACCACCAGAAAAUUGAUACCAACUUAGAUGAGAUGUCUUCUGGGCUGAGUCGCCUGAAAAGCCUCGCUCUUGGCCUGCAGACUGAAAUAGAAGAGCAGGAUGAUAUGUUGGAUCGGCUCACAAAGAAAGUAGAGACACUGGAUGUCAACAUUAAAAACACUGAUAGGAAAGUCCGACAGCUUUAAAGGAUUUUUAGAAUUUCUUUUGUCCAAUGUUGGUUCAUCCUGAAUGCCUCAUCUCAACCGAUCUCUUAGAAAAAAUCUUGGGUGGUAUCUGUUUCUUCUUUUUUUCUGCUCUGUUACUGGUUCUGUUGUCAUUAAAAUUACAUGGCCUUAAGUCAGCCCAAUACUUUACAUUUCCUCCUAGUCCACACGGGAAGAGUGCAUGUGGAGUGGAAUCCCGCAGCGUGGGGUCAGGAUGCCCCGCUCAGCUGUGUAACCGUGUUGUGCACGUGGAGGAAUUCGCACUCCACAGAGCUGCAGUGUCCUUGGCCUGGGAGCUGUGAGGAGAAAAGGAACUGUGUUUUUGCCUCUGUUUUGGGGAGGGGGCAGGGGAAACAGAAUGAGCUGCUUUGUUCAGAAGAAAUGUUGCUAAUUCUGUUUACCUACAGAAAUGUUAAAUUCAGAAAAAAUGCUGAUUUCCAGCUGUAAAAAUAUUUUAAGUGACUGUUCUGCAGCAUUUCUGGGGCUUUAGGAAUGAACUGUUCUGUGGAAGUUGUAAAAUAUCAAGGGUGUCAUGCAGUAAUGGUAAUAUCCUGUGUGUGUUCCCGUUCUUAAGAUGACUUUGCCCAAAUGGUGCAUCCACAAAUUGUGGUUUUUAUGUUUGGGUAACUAAAUACUUUUGCCUUUUCAGUCUUGUCAGUAAAGAUCUCUAAAUGUAUGUUAUGGUCUGCAAGAAAUGUUCAUUGACAGUGACCCAAAAUGUUUGGGUAACAAAAUCAAGACUUAAAUGUAUGUGCUCUUAAAGAUUCUUUUGCAGAAAUGGUCACCAUCUGUUUUUAAUUUUCUGCUCUUUCUCACCUUAUUCAUUUAGGUGGUUAUUUG